CAGCCGUCUGUCAUAUAAAUCGGCUGUGGCGAGUCUGAGCUGCUCGCGCACAAAUACACACGCUCGUGGACAGGUGUGCGUCCCCAGUGUACUUUCUUUCUUUCUUUUUUUUUUUAAUCUUUGCAUUGUCGCCAUGUUGUGGACGGUUAGCACGGUCGUUAGGAAAUUUUCCACAUCCUCCGCUCGCUACCAAAAUAAGCUGAGGCUGGCGCUGAUUGGCCAGAGCUUGUUUGGACAGGAAGUGUACACCAGCCUCCGGAAGCAGGGUCAUAAGGUGGUGGGCGUGUUUACUGUCCCGGAUAAAGAUGGCAAGGCAGACCCGCUGGCUGUGGCAGCGGAAAAAGAUGGCACGCCAGUGUUUAAGUUCCCGCGCUGGCGUGUGAAGGGGAAACCAAUCUCGGAGGUGGUGGAUGCCUACAAGGCCGUGGGCGCUGAGCUCAACGUCAUGCCCUUCUGCUCUCAGUUCAUCCCCAUGAAUGUGAUUGACUAUCCCAAACAUGGCUCCAUCAUCUACCACCCAUCUCUCCUGCCCAGACACAGAGGAGCUUCUGCCAUCAACUGGACUCUGAUUGAGGGGGAUACAAAAGCUGGUUUCUCUAUAUUCUGGGCUGAUGAUGGUUUGGACACUGGUCCCAUCCUGCUGCAGAAGGAAUGUCCUGUGGAACCCAAUGACACUGUGGACACACUGUACAACCGCUUCCUCUUCCCAGAGGGAAUCAAAGCUAUGGUGGAGGCAGUCCAGCUUAUUGCAGACGGCAAAGCUCCCAGGAUUCCACAGCCCGAGGAGGGAGCAAGCUACGAAGGCAUCCAGAAGAAAUCCAAUGCCAAGGUGAACAUGGCUCAGCCUGCUAAUGUUAUUCAUAACUGGAUACGUGGCCAUGAUAAAGUUCCUGGAGCCUGGGCUGUCAUUGAUGGACAGCCAGUGACGCUGUACGGAUCAUCGAUGCUGAGUGGACCAGUACCUUCAGGUCAGCCCCUGGAUGUAGAGGAUGCGUCUCAGCCCGGACUCAUCACCAGCUCAGGCCUUGUGCUGUUCGGCUCUGAUGGAAAAGCGCUCCAGGUGAAAAGUCUGCAGUUUGAAGAUGGAAAGAUGAUUCCAGCUGCCAAGUACUUCUCCUCAGGAGAUACCAGCAGAGUAGAGCUCACUGAGGAGGAGAAGAAGAUGGCAGAGGACAUAAAGGUGAUCUGGAAGGGUAUUUUGAGCAACGUGGCAGUAAUUGAAGACACAACCGACUUCUUUAAGUCUGGGGCUGCAUCUAUGGAUGUGGUCAGACUGGUGGAGGAGAUCAAGCAGAAGUGUGGAGGCGUACAGCUGCAGAAUGAAGAUGUCUACAUGGCUACUUCCUUCCAGGAGUUUAUCCAGAUGUUUGUACGGCGUCUGAGGGGGGAGGACCAGGAGGAAGAGCUGGUCAUCAAUUACGCAACAAAAGACAUCAAUGGCAUGACGCUGAAGAUGCCCUACCAGUGCUUCAUCAAUGGGCAGUUUGAGGAUGCAGAGAAUGGAAAGACUUACAACACCGUCAACCCCACCGAUGGUUCUGUGAUCUGUAAGGUGGCAUUUGCCUCUGUUGCUGAUGUAGACAGAGCAGUGGCUGCAGCUAAAGAGGCGUUUGAGGCAGGUCCAUGGGGCAAGAUGAACCCUCGUGACCGCGGCAGGCUGCUCUACAAGCUGGCUGAUCUUAUGGAGGAGCAUCAGGAAGAGCUGGCCACUAUUGAGGCCAUUGACUCAGGGGCUGUGUACACGCUUGCACUAAAGACUCAUGUAGGCAUGUCCAUUCAAACCUUCAGAUACUUCGCUGGCUGGUGUGACAAGAUCCAUGGCACAACAAUACCCAUCAACCAGGCCCGACCCAACCGCAACCUGACUUUCACUAAGAAAGAACCUCUAGGGGUGUGUGCCAUUGUGAUUCCAUGGAAUUACCCUCUUAUGAUGCUGGCCUGGAAGAGCGCAGCUUGUUUGGCAGCUGGAAACACACUCAUCCUAAAACCUGCACAGGUGACUCCUCUGACAGCGCUGAAGUUUGCUGAGCUGGCCGUUAAAGCAGGCAUUCCUAAAGGCGUCAUCAAUAUCAUACCAGGAUCAGGUGGUAUGGUUGGACAGAGGUUGUCUGAUCACCCUGAUAUCCGUAAGCUGGGCUUCACUGGAUCCACCCCCAUUGGCAAACAAAUCAUGAAAAGCUGUGCAGUCAGCAACUUGAAGAAGGUCUCUCUGGAGCUGGGUGGCAAAUCCCCUCUCAUUAUCUUUAGUGACUGUGACAUUGACAAGGCCGUGAGGAUGGGUAUGAGCUCUGUUUUCUUCAACAAGGGAGAGAACUGCAUUGCUGCAGGCAGACUGUUUGUUGAAGAGUCUAUUCAUGAUGAGUUCAUUCAACGAGUGGUUGAGGAGAUUAAAAAAAUGAAGAUUGGAGAUCCUCUGGAUCGCUCUACAGAUCACGGCCCCCAGAACCACAAGGCGCACCUUGACAAGUUGCUGGAGUACUGUGAGAUCGGUGUGAAGGAGGGCGCCACGCUCAUUUACGGGGGAAAACAAGUGGACAGACCUGGAUUUUUCAUGGAGCCUACAGUCUUCACGGACGUAGAGGAUCACAUGUUCCUCGCUAAAGAGGAAUCAUUUGGCCCAGUCAUGGUGGUGUCUAAAUUUAAAGAUGGUGAUGUAGAUGGAGUAUUAAGCAGAGCGAACGACACAGAGUUUGGCCUGGCGUCUGGAGUCUUCACACGCGACAUAAACAAAGCCAUGUACGUGAGUGAGAGGCUGGAAGCUGGAACUGUUUUCGUCAACACCUACAACAAGACGGAUGUGGCCGCGCCUUUCGGCGGAUUCAAGCAGUCCGGCUUUGGGAAGGAUCUUGGUGAGGAAGCCCUUCAUGAAUAUCUCCGAACUAAAGCAGUGACAGUGGAGUACUGAGAGAAAACAUUACCUGCUGGACUUUGUGCUGGAUCACCAGGCAGUGGAUAGGAACGCAGGUCUCAUGCUUCAUCUACCAUCUUGCUUGGGUUUUGGAUUGAUAAGGGCGUUUAAAAAAGCACUCUCUGCCACAACUCUAAUUUUUGUGCCUACAAUAUUUGUCAAUUUGCUUCAGGAAAAUGCCAAGACAGCUCAGUAUGCAACAAAUGGAUCCAAGGACAUAGUAGAAAUAGUAGCUUGGGAAAAACAUGGAUCAGUAUGGCUUCUGAAGAUGCAGUUGAUCAACACGACACUGCCAGUAUCCAGCUGAUUCAACAUCAGAAGGAGAAUACACUUUAGCUUUUAUUUUAUUUAUUUUAUUUUGGAAGAUUUCUGUUUCUUACCUAAAUCCACACACAGUAUCUGGUUUAUUUAAAGUAUUUUGUCUUAAGAUAUUCCGAAGCUAUUUUACGUCACUAUCACAUUUUAAAAUGGAAUAUUUCUACCUCACCGAGCUAGGCUUUUAAUAAUCAUGCCACCUCCAGAAAUCCUCUUUUAAAUUAAUAUACAUGUAAAUAUUUUAUAGAGAAUGAAACAAAUGAUCCUUCUUUAUAUUUUUAACUUUGCAUUCCAGACAGGAAGUACAUCAUGUUUUGAAUCUGUAAAUAUGAUGGUCUGAAAAAUGUAAGGAUUCUGAGAGGUGUAUAUGAAAGAAAACUGUGGAACUUUGUGAUGUCUUAUUGGGCAUCCUUCUCUUUGGGCUGGAGUUAAUGGAAAGAGAUUAAACCCAGUUCUUUACUGCAAGAUAUUUUCUAGGAAGUGUUCCAGUUUGAUGGAGUGAUGUAAUCCAGAUCAAGGCUGGAAAUCCUCCAGAUACCAUUUUAGUUAUUAAAUGCACACUCAGCAUUUUAAUCAGGAAAGACUAUGACAGUCUUAAAGGAAAAAUCCACCCGAACAACUUGCAUAAUAACCUUUAUAAUUAUCAUCAUCAUCUUCAAUGGAUUUAUUUUGUAAUGAAAUUCUGCAUUGACUUUUUUUUCAUGCUGGUCUAUUUUCAUUUUCAUACAUUACCCACAAUGCCAGUUAAGUACCCACUGAUAGUGGUGCAAGUGGGAUUUAGCCCUCACUUCAUCUCUACCUAAAGAGAGUGAUGCAGCGGCACUUUAUACUUUAGUCUAUCUGGCUCUCUCACCUCUUCAUCUGUACACUCUGCUAAAACAGAUCAGCUUCCAAAGGUUCAACUUUCAUGCUAAUACCACAGUCAACACUACAACAUUAUGUUUGAGAUGUUCCAAUUAAGUGCCAUUGUAACUGUGAAAGCAGUGCCCUCUAUAACAUCAGCACACAACCUACCUUCUCAUAGAAAAGAAGAAGAAAUGCAGCAUCAACCAAAAUAUUAGCGUACUUAAUGUGUUUCAGGCUGGUGUUUUCCUUUAUGGCACCAUUACGAAAUGUUCUUAAUAUUACAUCAACUGCUUAUACAUCACACCAACAGAAUGUUUGCUAGUAUUUAUUUAUAUUGAUGCGUUGCAGUGUGUCAAAUACCUAAAAAUCUAAUAGGCAACUUUUAAAAUCAACACUAUCUUCAGUAUGAGCUGUGCAUUAUGUGAGGAAAGACAGUAUUCAUAUUGCCUAGCAGCUACUGUACAGCAACAGUAUUAAAUCCAUUUCUGUCAACAAUAAACUGAAUACGGAUCACCA